AUGGACCCUGAGGAGGCGGAGCUUGGCCAGGAGCUGAGCGAGGACAUAGAAGCCGACCUGCCCACUCCUCAACGCCAUCGCCCCGACAACCACAUCGCCACCAACAACGGUCGUCCCCGGCAGCCUAGCAACCACAGUAGUGAGAACAACAACCACGCUGCUCAGCGCUACAGGAGAUAUAAUGAGGCUCCUGGCGCAGGUGGCAGCAGGGUCAGAGGGGCCCCACAACGCAGGUCAACAGAGGAGCCAGUGGCGGAGCUGCAACUGGGGGCCCAGUCCCCUCCCCAGCCCCAGCAGCAGCAGGCCCAGGGUCAGUCUCAGCCCAUCCUGCGGCCUGCAGUGACACGUUACCGCAGACAGGGGGACAGCGAGGCCCGGCUUAGAGCACAGCAGCAGAGACACAUACAGAGACAGCAGAGAGAGGCUGAGAGGGUCCAACAACAACAACAACAACCUCUGCCAGCCCCACAGCCUGUUCACUCUCUACCCCCAGAACGAGAAGAGCCAGAGGAGGACGAGGGGGAGAGAGGGAGGGAUCGAGAGAGGGAGACAGAGGGGGAUAACUCUAAGUUAGCCCGUUCGGCCAGCACGGAGAGCGCUUUCCACACACACACAGACCGGGCGGAGGGCGACGCCGUCAUGGCCCUAGAUCCUGAGGCAGAGGACGAGGGCGGUACUUACGAGGUGAUGCUUCGCCCAGAGGCGGAGGGAUACACAGAGAGCGCUGAGUCAGAGCAGCAGCAUCCCCACCCUCAGCCCAACCUGAACCUCAACUACCCCCCUCAGCCCCCUCCCUUACCCCAGGAACCCCUACCAGAUGUUGGGAGACCCUCCAGUCAGGAGGCGGCAGAGGAAACCCUGAACCCUGGGGGUGGUUACUCUAACUAUGUCUACACCCAAACCUCUCAACCGCCAUGGGGGAGGGGCCAGGGUGCUGGGGGGGCGGGACACCAGCAUCGAGGAAGGAUUGGAGCCUGAAGACGAGGCGUAUUCUGAAGCCUACCACUACUCCCUGACAGAACAUGUGUACGAGGAGAUCAGCGACGCCCCCUCUGCCGCCGCUGCUGAGGGGGCGGGGCCUACGAACGCCAAUGAGAAUCUCCAGCAGAGAAAGGCGGGGUUCCGACUGUUCGAGGGGAGGGACGGGGGUGGGGACUACCGGCAGCAGGAGGCAGUGGGGUCGAGGCUGCACCACUACGACGAGCGCUCGGACGGCGAGUCAGACAGCCCUGAGAAGGAGGCGGAGUUUGCUCCGUACCCGCGGGCAGACAGCUGCGACCAGGACGGUGAAGAGGACAUCGACAUGAUCGUAGCAGAGGUCAGAGAGAGUUCCAGCUCUCAGAGUCUGGAGAGAGCUGCUGCUGGGUUGGCGGAGGGAGGAGAUGAAGAAGACAUGAUGAAAGGAGGAGAGGAAGAGGGAGAUUGGCCCGAGUCCCAACACUCUCACAACUCCCAAUCCAACACUCCCACAGACUCCAAACACCCCAAGGGAGAGAUGGAAAGAGAGGGGGAUGAGAGUGAAGGAGAGAACAUUCCAGCCCCAGCAGACAGUCCCUCUGAGGACUGGUCUGGGGUUCGUAACAGUCGUGAGAAGAGAGACGCCAUCUCCCUGGCCAUAAAGGACAUCAAGGAGGCCAUAGAGGAGGUGAAGACCAGGACGGUGAGGUCACCCUACACCCCUGACGAGCCUAAAGAACCCAUCUGGGUGAUGAGACAGGACCUGAGUCCCACCGCUGAGUAUUGUGACCUGCAGCCCUCACUAGGGGGCGACGUGAGUACUGGUUUUAUACAGACUAACACUAAUGUGUGUGUGUGUGUGUGGGUUUAGUCACCUCACCUGUGUGUGUGUGCAUGCGUGCACGUGCGUGUGUGUAUGCGCAUAAAUGCGUGUGCAUGUGUGUGGUCACCUGACACACUGUAAUGGAGCUGGUAGCUUAAUGAUGAUGUCAGUCUUAUAUAAAGAUACAGCUUGAGUUACAUCCUCAGACUGGUCAGGACAGGAAAGAAGAGGGGUGUCUCUUAAUAGUCUGAAGUGGCUUCCUUUCCUUUCCUCGUCUCCUUUCUCUAUCUUUAUUUAUAUGAAAAGACAAGAUAGGUGAAAGCAAUAUGGAGGAUGCUAACUAUGAAAUUAGCUCAUUUGUCCAGUUCUUUCAAAUCACUACAAUAGAAGGAGAGGAAUCCACUUUAGACUAUUGAGAUACAGCCUAGGAAAAGGUUUGGUUGUAUGUUGAAUGUAUUGGAUCAUGAUGCAGAAAGGCAACAGCAGAAGAGCUGAAUAACACAAUAUCUCCCUCUGGCUUCAAGACCACAAAAUUAGAUCCCUCUCCCUCCUUCCUCUCUCCUUCAUAUCUCUUUCUCUUUCCCUCUUUUCUGUCUUAUCAUCCCCUUCUCACUUCAUAUCUCUAUCUAGCACUUAAUCUCUCUUCCCUCUCCCCCUCUUCCUCCUCAUUAUCCCUCUUUCCCUCAAAGGGGUUGUUUGUCACAUACUGGUGUUGCUUUCUGAGUGGUGGCUGUGUACACUGAGGACAAAUGAUCCUCCUCUCCUCCCCUCCCCUUUGACUACUGCAGUAGCUAUAGAGUGGGUAGGUUGGUUGACUGGUUUGACCAGCGGUCUCAUCUCAUCAGUAUUCCUCCUAGCUCUACGGCUGCACGCCACCUCUCCUCUUAGCUUCUCCACUACACAGUCUUGCAAAUGGAGCUGUCCUCGCCUGUCAGACCUAGACAGCCUGACACUGAUAAGCGGGGGAAGGGGGAGUAGGUUAAGAGAGGAAGAAAGAAAAAGGGAGGAUGGAGAAGAGAGCAUGAGAGAGUGAGGGAAGAGUCAGAGGAUUGCUGAAGUACAUUUCCCUUCCUCCCAGUCCUCUCUCUCUCUCACCAUCCAUUCCCCCUCCCUCUUUUACUCAGACACACCCACACGUACCCACACACACACUCUAUGAAUCAGUAGACCGUGUGUGUGAGUUUGGUCAUGUGUUUAGGUAGACUCCUGUCUCAUUCAGGGAGAGGGCAUGCUGAUCUGUGCCUUCAUGCACAUUUAUGGUGGUGGGGGGGGGAGGGUUGGGGGUGUCCACUGGAGCUCUUACUCUUCUGUAUCACUACCCAGGGGGCAUAGUAGUGAUGAGAGUGGCUAGUGGAUGGAUGCACACUUUACUACUGUCACGCUAGCCUGAGAAAACCCCUCCGAGUAUAAAAGACUGUUCCUCUUCAAAAGAGGAAGAAAUGAUAGAGCGAUUCUUUGUACUCACUCAGACCUCUGGAGACAACAAUGGACUCAUGUCUGGGAGCAGGCAGUAAUUUGGGUUUUUAGCAAAGUCACGCAACACCGCACACAAACACACUCAAGCUUAUCAUAUUAUCCGAAAGAUGUGCCGCAUCAGGCGGGUGAGCUGAGGUAAUGUUUGUUGACUUUUAGUCGUAAGAGCCUGACACUGUCUAGAGAUGUGAGGAGCUGAUGCCAUUGUAUCAGAUCACACGCAUCCCCUGAGAAGGUCAAGGCCAUCAGCAUAGCGGUCUAUCGCAUACACACACGCACACAUACACACAUACACACUAUACAUAACAAACAGAGCCCUGCUAGAUUAGUCUGUCUCCUAUCCUGUUGUUGAGAGGCUAAUUAAUUAGCUCUGUUUGUCUUUGAUUAAUUUCAGACAGCACAACGUACGUCUGGUUUAGAGCCAACCACCAGCUCUCAUGGCGUUAGGACUGCUGCUGGUACCAACGUUGUUAUUGUCUUACAGAACCAGGACCUGUCUCUGGUUUGGUUCAGUCCAGAGAGAGACACACAGUAUCAUUAUGUCACGUUUCUUUUUAUGUGUGGACCCCAGGAAGAGUAGCUGCUGCUUUUGCAACAGCUAAUGGGGGGGGAGGGAGGGAGGGAGGGAGGGAGGGAGGGAGAUUGUUUUUUGCCUUCCCCAGGAUCAUUUAUUUAGUGUAGAUGAGAGAGUGUGAAUAAUUCAGAGGGUUUCCAAUAACGUUGAAGAGAAAGGCUGUUUUCCUCCACUGCAGGCCUCUGUCUAUACACAGACACACACACCCCUCCCUGUGCCUUUCUGACAAGUCCAUGGUGAAUUCUGAUACCUUGUGAUACAGGAGUAGAGCAGAGCUCAGCCUUGGUACCAAGCCACCAGAGACUGUAGAUACACUACCACUGAAGUACCAUGAGAGAAGGUUAGCUAGUUUACCUCAUUCAGGUUCUGUAUCCACUAGGUAGUGUCUGUUUGUGUGUGUAAGUUAAGGACAGUCUGCAUCAUAGUUUGACCGUUUCUCAGGCUCAAGGUAUGGAGAACUUCUGGGAUUUCCAGGUAGACCGUCUGCAUGGAAAGCAUGGAAACCAGGUUUGUUUGGAGUGAACAUUAGUGUAGUUUGGGUGGAUGUAUACCAAACAUUCCUCCUCUGUUGUGCGGUGUUGGACCUGGACUUCUUUUCUAUGGACUGUGGAUUCGGACCAGUUUUCAUUGUGGGAGUUGUUUUCCCUUCAAUUUCUCUAAAUGUCUAAAAUGCAUGACAGUUGAGCUGUAUGUCUCUGACUGUUAAUAUCCCAGAGCUUGUGUAUGCAUUUUGAUUUAGCUGUGAAGCUUUGCAUAGCGUUGGUGACAUCAAAGGCAUGCAGUGUAGUUUUCUUUUUUUACAUGUUAGCACAUCGUUAGCUUUUUACUUUUUUCAAAUACAUAAAUGCUUCAAAAUUCUCAAAGUGAUAUUAGAUAAUGAAGAUUAGCGACUCCUGUGUUUACCACAGACCUUAUUUUCUGCGUUUAUCCAAAAACCCAAUUAAUUUCUUCAAAGGCUUUGCCCAACGAGACAUGGCGGAGUUAGCCUCCGUAAGUGCCUACAAAAGACUCCAUUACAAUUGGUCUCUAUGGUUGUUGGGGUUUAAUUAGUCUGCUAAAUGACUAAAUGUCUGUGUAAUUUGUCACUUUUUUUAUCUGGGGGUUUUGAACACUUGGUUCCAAGUACCAGGGAAGCAGCCACUCUCCAAAACCAGGUUGAAUAGUUUUAAUAAGGCAUCCUGCGGCUCAGGAGCACAGUGUUUAAGCAUUUCAUUCCUGAUGCUGUCAGUCUUUCAGUGUUUUCAAAAUGCUUCCGUUUCUUCCAUCUUAGGUUUUAUUUGUAUUCUUUAAAUGUGUCACAAUAUUCUUGCCAAAUGUCUGUAUCUUGUGGUUGGUAAUGUUUUUUAUUUGAUAUAUACACUACCGGUCAAAAGUUUUAGAACACCAACUCAUUCAAGGGUUUUUCUUUAUUUUUACUAUUUCUACAUUGUAGAAUAAUAGUGAAGACAUCAAAACUAUGAAAAAACACAUAUGGAAAAAGUGUUAAACUAAUACUAUAUUUUAUAUUGGAGAUUCUUCAAAUAGCCACCCUUUGCCUUGAUGACAGCUUUGCACACUCUUGGCAUUCUCUCAACCAGCUUCACCUGGAAUGCUUUUCCAACAGUGUUGAAGGAGUUCCCACAUAUGCUGAGCACUUGUUGGCUGCUUUUCCUUCACUCUGAAAGGAAAUCAUUGAUACAUUCAGUAAUUUAUGGGGAGUGCAAUGUUGUGUUGAAGUCUGUUGCACUGUCAGGGGCCCAUUUGUGCAUUUUAUUUAGAUUAAUCAGUGUACAGGGCUCUGUUUGUGUGGUCUUUGGGUGGAGAAGUAUUUUUCUUUGUGUGGUCAGCCAAUGGUGUCUGUGGUCUGACAGUGAAUGCAUUAAUGGUGGUGGGGGGGUCCAAGUCUGAGAUUGCGUAUAACAACACUGGUCCCAAGAUCUGAGCGAUAGGUGAACCUUCCCAAAGAAUCUACUCUAUUCCUGCCAUUAAAAAAAAUACAGGCCUAUGGCUCGACAGAGAACCAAAAUGGAAGGAGUUUUUGCAUCACUACCUGCUCAGGGCUAUUUCUAUUACUAGUGAUGGGACUCGGGCAUAAGGAGGGAUGUCCAAAUACUGUAUAUGUUUAUUACCCUCAGGGUCUACACAGUCAGGUUCAGAACCUGUUCUAGCAUUAAAAUCCCCACAUGAAAGCACAUUUCCCUCAGCUUGGAACUGGUUGGUUUCUCUUUGGAGAUUAUUAUAAAACUUAUCAUUCUAAGUAGAAUUUGAGUGAGAAGCAUAGACUGCACAUACAGUAUAUAUAAAUUAUUGUCACUAAGGAUUGUGCUUUUGUUGAGUUUGAACCAAAUGUGGGUGUUACCCUUAUUGAUUUGGUUCAGUGAAAGGUCUUGUAUAAGUCUUGUAUACCAUAUGAUCAAUCCUUCCAAAUUAUCUUUCUUUCUCUUUCUCUCUAUCGCUUUCUCUUUCUCUUUCUUUCAUUCUCUCUCACUCUCCCCUCUCCCCUCCCCCCCCCCCCCCCCCCUCUCUCUUCCUCUCUCUCUCUAGUCUCCAGGUUCAGACUCUCAGGCCUCUCCUCAGGGGGCGGAGUCUUCCAUCCGGACACCCAUGCUUGAAGGGAGUGACAGCUUCGAGUCUCCACCCCUUUCCGCUAAAGAGGUGUGUGCGUGUAUGUGCAUGUAUAUGUCCAUGUUAUGAUGUUUACCAGGUAGUGUGACGAAUCAAAAUGACACUGCAUAUAGGGCUGUUGCGGUGACCAUAUUACCGCCACACCGGCAGUCAUGAGUCAUGACCGCAGUCAAAUUCCGUGUGACCGUUGAGUCAUGGUAAUCUCCUUUUAUGCACUCUGGACAUGCAUUGGUAAUACCCAACUCGCUAACGACCAUCAGGUCGCUAAUGGCCUGGCACUCAGUGCUCUAUUGUCCCUCUAACCACGCUGACGUCAAUGCAAAUGCAUUCGAAAAUCACAUCAAACACUUAUCAAAAUACUAUCAUGCUUUUAAAACCUUGAGGUUAAACAUUUUGACCUCACUGUGAUGAUCAAUUUGAAGAAAGAAGUUCAACAACAGGUUGAAACGGAGUGGAAAACAUGGUCGUUGUGGAUGUUGUUUCAGAGCCAAGCUCAACGAAAUGUGUAGAACAACAUACUUAUGCAUAUGCAUAUGUCUAUAUAUGAGCCCAAUCCCCCCCAAAAAAACUGAAUUAAAAGAAUGAAUGUGCUGUUAGGGCGGCAGGUAGCUUAGUGGUUAAGAGCGUUGUGCCAGUAACCGAAAGGUCGCUGGUUCUAAUCCCCGAGCCGACUAGGUGAAAAAUCUGUCGACGUGCCCUUGAGCAAGGCACUUAACCCUAAUUGCUCCUGUAAGUCGCUCUGGAUAAGAGCGUCUGCUAAAUGACUAAAAUGUAAAUGUAAAAUGUUAUACAAUACAUAGCCUAAUAGCCUACCGCAUAUUAGCACGCCCGAAAAAAACAGAGUUUUUGGUACAUAAUUGGUCUAGCUUAUGUGGACUGUAUUAUUAUGCAUACUGGAUGUAGUGGUUGCCUUAUAUUACACUCAAAACUGUCUAUCCAUGGGUAUGGGAGAGAACGUAUAGGCCUCGGUGAUGCUGUUGGUUGUGCAGGGAGGCUUACAGAGUUAACCUACAAUUAUAGUGAAUUUGUAUUAGAUUUUGAAUAGCCUAGUAAUAGGGCAUUUUUUAUAUUUUCAUAAUUAAUAGGCUGACACCUUUCGCUGCAAAAUAUCUCACCACCGUGCAUUUCCAUUUCCUGUCUCUCCUUCAUUCCUUUCUCGAGCGCACAGAGGUAGGGGCUGUCAACAGUUUAAUUAAAUAUGUUUUGUUGUGAAAUGUUACUAUCGAUGCCACUAUCGGUGGCAUUGUCAUGCUGGAGGGUCAUGUCAGGAUGAGCCUGCAGGAAGGGUACCACAUGAGGGAGGAGGAUGUCUUCCCUGUAACGCACAGCGUUGAGAUUGCCUGCAAUGACAACAAUCUCAGUCCGAUGAUGCUGUGACACACCGCCCCAGACCAUGACAGACCCUCCACCUCCAAAUCGAUCCCACUCCAGAGUACAGGCCUCGGUGUAACGCUCAUUCCUUCGACGUUAAACGCAAAUCCGACCAUCACCCCUGGUGAGACAAAACCGUGACUCGUCAGUGAAGAGCACUUUUUGCCAGUCCUGUCUGGUCCAGCGACGGUGGGUUUGUGCCCAUAGGCAACGUUGUUGUCGGUGAUGUCUGGUGAGGACCUGCCUUACAACAGGCCUACAAGCCCUCAGUCCAGCCUCUCUCAGCCUAUUGCGGACAGUCUGAGCACUGAUGGAGGGAUUGUGCGUUCCUGGUGUAACUCAGGCAGUUGUUGUUGCCAUCCUGUACCUGUCCCGCAGGUGUGAUGUUCGGAUGUACCGAUCCUGUGCAGGUGUUGUUACACAAGGUCUGCCACUGCGAGGAUGAUCAGCUGUCCAUCCUGUCUCCCUGUAGCGCUGUCUUAGGCGUCUCACAGUACGGACAUUGCAAUUUAUUGCCCUGGCCACAUCUGCAGUCCUCAUGCCUCCUUGCAGCAUGCCUAAAACACGUUCACGCAGAUGAGCAGGGACCCUGGGGCCUCCUUAGUGUCCUAAGUUUUCAUAACUGUGACCUUAAUUGCCUACCGUCUGUAAGCUGUUAGUGUCUUAGUGACAGUUCCACAGGUGCAUGUUCAUUAAUUGUUUAUGGUUCAUUGAACAAGCAUGGGAAACGGUGUUUAAACUCUUUAAUAUAAUAUAAUAUAAUAUAAUAUGCCAUUUAGCAGACGCUUUUAUCCAAAGUGACUUAGUCAUGCGUGCAUACAUUUUUUUUUGUGUAUGGGUGGUGCCGGGAUCGAACACACUACCCUGGCGUUACAAGCGCCGUGUUCUACCAGCUGAGCUACAGAGGACCACAAUGAAGAUCUGUGAAGUUAUUUGGAUUUUUACGAAUUAGCUUUGAAAGACAGGGUCCUGAAAAAGGGACGUUUAUUUUUUUGCUGAGUUUAUAUUUAAUCCUGUGUUUAAGCAGAGUCUUGAUGGUUACCGCUAAAAAGAAGAGGUUCCCAGCUGCUACUAUAUUUAUUUCUCAGCUGCUUUGCUAUAAAGCCGGAGUAGCCUACCCGGCAUUAUUUAAACUGGGGGAAAGGGGCCUCCAUUCGCUAUUCGAGUGCAUACAGAUGACAUGUAUUUUUUCCCCUGCCCCCAGUUCCUACCCAUUUCAUAAUGGGCCAUUCUAAAUUGAAACAUAUUUUACAUAUUAGUAAAGACAAGAUUAAAUUGAGAAUAGUCUGAUGGGUGAAAAUAUGAUCACUUGAUGAGAGAACAGGGUGUGCAGCCAGAGGCAAAGAACAGAGCGCAAGCUUUUUUUGCGACUUUUUCAAAUAGUCAAUAGCCUAUAGUUGCAUCAUGCAGCCAAUAUGUUUUGAUUUCUAAGACAUUCUGAGGUUUGCAUCAUUCACAACUACAUUUGCCAAAUAACUCUAAAUCUAGCGUAUAGGACCUGUUUCAAAUGAUCCAUUUUAUUCUUACAAUAAAAUAAUAUAAAAUAAUGGCACAGGACUUAUAAGCAUAUCUUGUCUGUUAAAUGAACUAGCCUACAGCAUGGCGCAUAGCCAGAUAACAUACAGUAGGCCGACUCAUAUUCAGUUCUUUUGAAAUACAUUUUCUACAUAUCAUAAUGUUUCUUUAGACCUACCUAAAAUAAAUAAUGGAUUUAUUGUGAUGGUGUAUAUUAAAUUGAUUUAUUAGACUUUUUUUUAUGUAGAUGUUCCAAAGGCGCGCAUCAGCGACUUGUAUGCAUAGAGGCCUGCCGAUUCAAAACAUGUUUAUGUUAAUUAACGGGCAAUUACCAUGAGACCGGCAGUCAUUUGCAUGACAAUAACCGGCUGACAAAAUGUCAUGACCGCCACAGCCCUAACUGCAUACUGACCCCCAAUGUGUCAACCAACGUUUCAGUCUGUCUUUCACCAGUGUUAUGACAGUGUAAUGAUGACCAUGCCUGUGUGACCCGUCAGUAACGUGUUAUCUGUCUCUCCUCUACACCUACAGGCCAGGAGAAGCCUGGCCUCCUUCCCUACCUAUGUAGAAGGUAAGACCUGCUCCUGGUCUUUACUUCACUCUCCUCUGCUUUACUUCACUUUGCCAGUGCAGAUUUGAAUAUAUUUGAGAAGAGGUUUUCUCUUGUAAAUGCUUGGGUGAUUUAGCUGUGUUGGGUUAUGCUGAUGUAUAGGCCUACAUUUAGUACCAGAUCAGCAUUUUUAAAUGUCAUGCAGGGCUGAGAGGGAGGCAGGGACAAUUAGAGACAGAGAAAGGGCCUCUAGUGCACCAGUCAAACGCUUCAGUGCGGUCUGUCUUUCUCCUUCUAUAUCUAUCUCUCUCUCUCUCACUCUCUUUCUCUCUCUCUCUCUCUCUCUCUCUCUCUCUCUCGUCUCCCUUCCUCUCCUCUCCUCUCUCUUCUCUCUCUUCCCUCUCCUCUCUUCUCUCUCUCUCUCUCGUCUCUCCUCUCUACUCAUCUCAUCUCUAUGCUCUCUGCUCCUCCUCUCUCGUCCUCUCUCUCGUCUCCUCUCUCUUUCUCCUCUCUUCUCUCUCUCCUCUCGUCUCUCUCCCUCCUCCUCUGUCGUCUCUCUGGUCCAAUCUCAAUUCCAUUCAAUUUAAAGUGCUGGGUAAUUGCAUGGGUAACGUACUGUUAACAGUGCCAAAGCAAGUGAAGUAGAUAGUAAACAAAAGUGAAAUAAACAAUACAUAUUAACAGUAAACAUUACACUCAGAAGUUCCAAAAGAAUAAAGACAUUUCAAAUGUCAUAUUAUGUAUAUCUACAGUGUUGCAUUCUGUGUGUAUUAGCUCAGUAGGAGCAUUGUGUCUCAAGCCUCUCUAGCACAAGGACACUGGUGACACACACACUUUCUCUCUUUCUGACUCUCACACUCCCUCUCAGCCCCCUUACGAUGUGCCAAUCAAUCCUGCAGCAAUCCAAAUGUUCUGAUUUCUGCAUCUUUAGAGUUGAAGUCUUCACAAACAUGUUAAGAUUCAAACCUUACUGUCCAAUAUAUUCCAAAUCAUGGCGUUUUAAUCUUCCUACUCUCCUACCCCUCCAGUCCCAGGUCCAUGUGACCCAGAGGACCUGAUUGAUGGGAUAAUCUUUGCUGCUAACUACCUGGGCUCCACCCAGUUGCUGUCUGACAAGACUCCCUCCAAGAACGUCCGCAUGAUGCAGGCCCAGGAGGCUGUCAGCCGCAUCAAGGUGAGGAGAGAGAGAGAUUCCAUUUUUUUCUUUGUUUUUGCUCUCAAUUAUGUGUUUGAACAUGCUGGGUUGACCCUAAUAGACAGUAAAAAUUAUUUUCUUACAGAGGAACUUCUGGAUAGAUCCCAUUUAUUACAUUUUAGUAAUUUAGCAGAUGCUCUUAUCCAGAGCGACAGGAGCAAUUAGGAUUAAGUACCUUGCUCAAGGGUACAUCCACAGAUUUUUCACCUAGUCAGCUCGGGGAUUCGAACCAGCGACAUUUAAGUUACUGGCCCAACACUCUCAUGCCGCCCAACCUGAUUCCAACCUGUCCUUGUACUGUAUUAUGUUUUCUACCUGGUAAUGGAUAAUAUCUAAUAUCCUGUUUUUAAUACUGUCUGAUAACACACUGGGCAAAAACUGGUUGCAUCAACAUUGUUUCCACAUAAUUUCAACGACAAACAAUCUAUCUGAUUAUGUUGAAUCAAUGUGGAAAACUGAUUGGAUUUGCAAAAAGUCAUCAACGUAAGGGAAUUGUCUUUUUUUCACCCAACUGAACCUAAAUCCAAUGACAUGGUGACAUUUUUUGUUGAUUUCACGUUGAAUUCACGUUAGUUGACAUCUCAACCAAAGGUAAAUCCAAACUAAACGUUGAAAUGACAUCUGUGCCCAGUGGGAACAUACUUCUUCAUAACGUCUUUAUCACAAGUGAUCGAAUUGAUAUCUGUUUUGCAUAGAAACAUGUUCUAUGCUGUGUACGAACCUGAAUAUGUACAAAGGUCAAGAUCUCACAUCAGUACAUUUCUACCUAUAACUGUGUCACUUCCAUAGAGAAUGAUAGAGGACGGUAGUGCCCAAAAGCUUGUUUUAGCUUGGGCUGUGCUAUUGAGGACUUUCCCCAUUUUGAAGAAGUCAACUGGGUGGGAAGGAUCACAUAAUUCCAUCCAGGUCAUCAGGAGGGAUCAGCCAAUUAAUUAUACUUGAGUAAACAUUCCAUAACUGCAGGUGGCAGUAAAUCGCCAACCUUGGCUUUAUACCUGUUCAAACAACACACUCCAGGUGGCAGUAUGCACCCUUAAGAGUUUGUUUACCAAGUAGUAGAAGAAGAAAAUUGACUACUUAAAAAUGGAAAUGGCCUCAAUCGCGCUGCCCGUGCACUCACAGAUGUCAUAGGGGGACAGAUACAUUGAAGAAUCCUCUAUCAUUCUCUAUGGUCACUUCCCCUCACUCACUUCCUCUCACAUGACCUGGGUCUUCCUGACAUCGUCCUGGUUUAUCAGCCUCCUGGCGCCCCUCCAGCCCAUAGCCCAUACUGUAGUGACUCAGCAUUUUACAUCCCGCCUGAUCAAAAUGCACUGAGCUGUAGCCCAUAGCCUCUAUCAGCCCAUACUGUACACACACCUAGAGUAUGUUCUCUGUUGUUACUCCUGUUCUCAUCAGACAGAGCCACCUCUGCACAUUCUACUGAAUCUUAUACUAUAGCAUCCUUCCUAUGUUUCUUCCUUGACUUUUUCCAAAUGUUGUUGUUACAGCCUGAAUUUAAAACAAAUUAAUUUGAGAUGUCAGUAAUCUACACACAAUAUCCCAUAAUGUCAAAGUGGAAAUGUGUUUUUAGAAAUGUUACAAAUUAAUAAAAAAUGAAAAGCUGAAAUGUCUUGAGUUAAACACCUUUGUUUUGGCAAGCCUAAAUAAGUUCAGUAGUAAAAAUUUGCUUAAAAAAUCACAUAAUAAGUUGCAUGGACUCACUCUGUGUGCAAUAAUAGUGGUUAACAUGAUUUUUGAAUGACUACCCCAUCUCUGUACCCCACACAUACAAUUAUCUGGAAGGUCCUUCAGUCAAGUAGUGAAUUUCAAGCGCAUAUUCAACCACAAAGUCCAGGGAGGUUUUCCAAUGCCUUGCAAAGAAGGGCACCUGUUGGUAGAUGGGUAAAAAUAAAAAAAAGCAGACUGAAUAUCCCUUUGAGCAUGGUUAAGUUAUUAAUUACACUGUAUGGUGUAUCAAUACACCCACUCACUACAAAGAUAGUCGCCCUUCCUAACUCAGUUGCCAGAGAGGAAGGAAAGAGCUCAGGGAUUUCACCAUGAGGCCAAUUGUAAUUUUCAAAUGGUUACAGAGUUUAAUGGUUGUGAUAGGAGAAAACAGGAUGGAUCAACAACAUUGUAGUUACUCCACAAUACUCAACUAAAUGACAGAGUGAAAAGAAGGAAGCCUGUACAGAAUACAAAUAUUCCAAAACAUGCAUCCUGUUUGCAACAAGGCACUAAAGGAGUACUGCAAAGAAUGUGGCAAAGAAAAUACAUUUUUGUCCUGAAUACAAAGCAUUAUGCUUGGGGCAAAAACAACACAUCUCUUGAGUACCACUCUUCAUAUUCUCAAGCAUGGUGGUGGCUGCAUCAUGUUAUGAGUAUGCUUGUCAACGGCAAGGACUAGGGAGUUAUUUUGGAUAAAAAGAAACAGAAUAGAGCUAAGCAUAGGCAAAAUCCUAGAGGAAAACCUGGUUCAGUCUGCUUUCAAACAGACACUGGAAGGCGAAUUUACCUUUCAGUAGGACAAUAACCUAAAACACAAGGCCAAAUCUACAUUGGGGUUGCUGACCAAGAUGACAUUGAAUGGCCUAGUGGCCUAGUUACAGUUUUCACUUAAAUUGGCUUGAAAAUCUAUGUCAAGACUUGAAAAUGUCUGUCUAUCAAUGAUCAACAACCAACUUGACAGAGCUUGAAUUUGAAAAAGAAUGAUGGGCAAAUAUUGUACAAUCCAGGUGUGCAAAGCUCUUAGAGACAUACCCAACACGACUCACAGCUGUAAUUGCUGCCAAAGGUGUUUUCUAACUUGUAUUGGGUUGAAUACUUAUCUAAUCAAGAUAUAUUAGUGUUUCAGGUUUCAUGAAUUUGAUAUUAGAGUAUUUUAUGUAAAUCAUUGCCAAAAAAAAAAGACAAUUAAAUCUAUUUUAAUCGCACUUUGUAACACAACUAAAUGUGGAAGAAGUCAAGGUGGUUGAAUACUUUCCAAAGGCACUGUACCUAUUAGUUUACUAUGUAUUGUAAAGACAUACUCAAGAUUCCAAUUAAGCAUGAUACACUUUCACAUUAACUGAAGACCUCAUUAAGUGUAUCUUACCAUAAAUUAAUGGUGCAGUUUAAUUAAAAAAUAGUUAUGGUGGUAAUAACUGUGUCUAAUCCUUUUAGUGCACAAGUGAGCCAACUGCUGGCCAAAACAUAACACACUGAACAGUAAAGUAGAUAUACCAUUAGGUACUUUUUUAAAGACUGGUUGACUUCAGACUGGUUGAAUCCCAGAAUUUAGAUGUAAGAUAUGUUCUAAAUUGGAAUGUCCCAAUGGAUGUAAUCAAUACACACACUGCCACUCAACCCCCUCCCCAGAUCCAUAGACCUACUACGCCCAUGCUACUAUAGCCCUGCACUACUCUGACCACACACACAGCUGUGUUUUUGUGAAAGUUCAGGACUUUUUGGAGUGUCACAUUUUUUCACCAUUACAAAUCCUAUUUCCCCUAACCCUUAACCCUAAACCCAACACUAAACCUAACCCCUAAACCUUAAGCUUAAAAUAGCAUUUUACCAAAUUCAGGACCUGAAAAAAGUCCUGACUUUUCAAAAAAAGUUAUAAUUUUCCUACCUUUUCAGGACAUUAAGGUGAAAUGUGACAUUGGGGUCCAGAUAAUGUAGGAAAACAAGUGCACACACACGGCACACCCUCCCUGAGCCCUGCUUCAGUCUAACCCAUUCUCCUGUAUGUGUGUUUGUUCCAUGCCAAGCAGACGGCCCAGAAAUUAGCCAAAAACAAGAAGAAGGUGCGGUACUCCUCAUUGAUUGGCUGUUCAGUGUUCCGUUGUGUUUUCCUGUGUCUGGCUGUGUCUACGUCCCAAAUGGCACCCUAUUCCCUAUUUAGUGCACUACUUUUGACCAGAGCCCUAUGGGCUAUAUAGGGAAUAGGGUGCCAUUAGGGACUCAUCCUGUGUUGUAAAGCCUCGCCUCUCUCUCUUUUAUUUUUAUAUUUUCCUUAUUUUUCCUCUUCUUUUACUCGCUGCAUUUUCUGAAUCCAGCAACGAAGUCCUAUGUGUUAAUUUGCAGUCAUGUUAUGUAUUCCAUUCUUAGGUCUGUCUGUCAAUUAAAUCCGUCACCAUUUUCUCAUUCCAUGUCAGACAUUCUCUGACUUAUCCUCCUACAGAGUUUCUACAAGAUACUGACAGGAAUACAUAGACACAUGGACACAUGAUAUAGAUGUAAAAUGAAUAAAAGCUUAUACGAGGAGAAACUGAAAUUGCUGGAAGCAGAAAAUGGCAGUGCAGCCACAAUUUUUUUUGUUAUACCAUGAAGUUGUGUUGUGUUUGUGAUCGUACUUGAAGAGGUUUUACUCUGGCACAAGCUUCUGUAUUAGUGUGGUAUUUCACUGUGGUUGUAACAAUUGUAAGGCUGUUAGCACUGUGAAUCCUGUGGAUGGCUAACAUUACACACAGCAGCACCUCUUUCUCUUUUCCAACACAGACCGACUAAGUAUUCACUGUAACCCCAAGGUUUCUCAACUCUGGUCCUGGAGACUCACAGGCAUCCAUCCAGGUUUUCAUUACAACCAACACACUCAUCACUGUAAUACGACUUAAUGAAGUGGCCAAAAACCAGUAUAACUAGAGUGAAACCCAGCUGACACAGUGGGUCCCCAGGAGGGAAGUUGAGAAACACUACAGUAUAACUAAUAAGACUAACCCCAUUACUAACUCCAGCCUCUCUGCUACCUAUGGAGAGGCUAAAUUCGACUAACUACUGAACUAACUCUGAAUGUCCUGUACAAGCCAGAGUUACACUGAAGGAAAACUACAACUCUGUACACAUACACACACACACAUACAAGCACAGACACACACUCUACCUGCAACAUUCUGAACCUCACCUCAAAGCUUCUGGUUGAUUGAAAGUGCUGGUGUCUUCCUUCAGUGUUAUCUCUGGUAGUUGUGGACUGUCUCUGACCUCUCAGUCUAGUUGUGGAAUGAUAAUAAUGGACUGUCAGCUGUACUGCUCUAAUAGACUCAAUGCUCAAUUGCCAUGUUCUGUCUCUGUGUCUUUCUGUCACUGUAUGUAUCGGUCUGUGUGUGUGUCUAAGCAGGCUCCAGAAGGUGAGGCCCAGCCCAUGACGGAGGUGGACCUCUUCAUCUCCACCCAGAGGAUUAAAGUCCUCAACGCUGACUCACAGGUACACUCUCUCUGUCUCUCUCUCUGUCUGUCUCUCUCUCUGUCUCUCACUCUGUCUCUCUCUCUCCCUCUUGUCCUCGUAUGUUGCUCACUUCUCUGUUGACGUUUCCCUCCUCAGGUAGUAACAGUCCCAGCCAGGUUGCCAUGGCAGCCAGUGGGCUUAGAUUUACCUAGUGGCCGGGCGUGGCUCAUUAAUCCCAGCGUGGGGCCAAUCAGAGGGCCUGGCCACACCAGCCACUUACCUGUACACGUACCCCUGGGAUACACUCUCACUACAGCUCUAACUCAAUCAAUAUAGUGUUUCUUGAGAGUCUAUUUUUUCACACGACGGCUGAUGGAGUUGCUUUGAUAUUGUAGUAAAUAAAAAUGGCUUGAGGUGUUAUAGAAAUGAUUUAAUAAUAUUGCAUUGGAAAUUGAUCAGGAAAAUUAGAUGGUGGUAGGAAAAGGCCUAAACAUUCUAGUCAGAGUAAAUGGGUUCUUUCUUUCUGCUGAUUUGGUCCUGAGUUUCUUCUUUCUGGGCCCUCCCUGUCCUGACCACAGACAUAGAGAAGGAUUGAAUCUGGUAGACAUGAAACAUAUGGUCAUUGACCGUCCCCUCUGUGUCUACAGGAGACCAUGAUGGACCACCCCUGACCAUAACCCUAUCAUUAACCCUUGAACCCUGACCAUAACCCUAUCAUUAACCCAUGAACCCUGACCAUAACCCUAUCAUUAACCCUGACCAUAACCCUAUCAUCACCCCUUAACCCAUGACCCUAACCCUAUCUGUCCUCUAUCUACAGGAGACUAUGAUGGACCACCCUCUGAGGACCAUCUCCUACAUCGCUGACAUCGGCAACAUCGUGGUUCUGAUGGCGAGACGCCGUAUGCCCCGCCCAGACUCCACGGACAGCGUGGAGGCGUCUGACCCCGUCGAGGACGAGAAACAACGCCAGUACAAGAUGAUCUGCCACGUUUUUGAGUCAGAGGAUGUGAGGAUCUCUUUACUUUUACUUUCAAACGAUGUCUCAUCUCUCUUUCUCUCCCUUUCUCUCUCUCCCUCCCUCUCUCCUUCACUUACUCUCUCACUGUCUUUCUCGUUUGUUCAUUCAUUCUCUGUCACUCUGUAUAACUUUCUCUGUAUCUUUUGUGCUUACAACCCUUACUUUAUAUCAGUGUUUCACACACACUCUCUUUGUGGUUACAAUUACAACCCCUAGUCUCUCCAUCUCUCUCGCUUUCUUUCUCAUUAUUUUUCUCUCUCUAUCUGGAUUCGACUCGUCCUGUUGACUGACUCUCAACCUCAUUUAAUUUUAAUGAAGCAUUCAUUAAUCAUAAUCAAGUCUCCACUCCCUCCCUUACCAUCUAAUGGUGCAUUUCACUUAAGAGUUGUUUUUGGGACACCUGGUGUAACUGGGGUCACACACACACACACACACACACACACACACACACACACACACACACACACACACACACAUACGAACACACACACACCUCAGUGUGUGUGCCAGUGAUGACAGCACGGUUGACCUUUCCUGUGUCUCUGUGCUCCAUUGAUUUGAGAUCAACUUCAGAAGACAGAGCGGGACUCGGAGAGAUGAAACAUUCAUCUCAUCAAUAUGAAACACUUCUGUCCUGAUUGGUUUGUUCUGUUUAAAGCCCCAUGCAGUCUUUUUUAUUUGAAUUUUAAAUCAUCACUGUACGACUAAUAAAUCACAGCGUUUAUUUCCCCCCCCCCCCCCCCCCGCCUCCCUCCCCCCCCCCCCCCCCCCCCCCUGCCUCCCUCUCUCCCCCCCUCCCCUGCCUGCCUCUCUCCCUCUCCAGGCCCAGCUGAUAGCCCAGUCUAUAGGCCAGGCCUUCAGUGUGGCGUACCAGGAGUUCCUGCGAGCUAACGGCAUCAACCCAGAGGACCUGAGUCAGAAGGAGUACAGUGACCUGCUCAACACUCAGGACAUGUACAAUGACGACCUCAUACACUUCUCCAAGUCUGAGAACUGCAAAGACGUGAGUCUGUUGUAGAAUGAUGAACUGUACUACAGUACCCAUAAUGCUCUGUAUCUGUGUUCGGUUUUAUCUUACUAAAGGCGUUCGUAAAGCUAACACUGUGGUGCCCCUGAUUAAUACAUCUGUUAACCACUUCUACAAGUCUGAGAACGAGUGGGUUGUGCUACAACCCUGGUUUUACGAAUGAAGAACAGAGUUCUUACUAUGCUAUAAACUGUCUCCAGUCAGCAGCACCACUGAAUCAUUUUUAACCUUGAAACCACCCAUGUCCCGUCUUGGCCACUGCAGGCAGUGAUUGUUCCUCGGGACCCAGGUUUUGGUUUUUGCCCUAGCACUACACAGCUGAUUCAAAUAAUCAACUAAUCAUCAAGCUUUGAUCAUUUGAAUCAGCUGUGUAGUGUUAGGGCAAAAACCAAACUGUGCACCCCUUGGGGUCCCGAUGACCGAGUUUGGGAAACGCUGCUCUAGACCAUGGCGCGUAGUAAGAACUUAAGUUCGAAAUGAAAUAAAACAGCAAAGAUGUGAGUCUCUCAGACCCUGGGAUCUCUCAGGCAGGCCUCUGGAGAAUUGAUCAAUUGAUUUUAUUUGCCAGUUAAAAAAACACAAUACAUUUUAAAAACAAUAACAAAUAAAAAGCCACCACACAUUGACACUGGUUAGGAACAGUCCCUUUGCCUUCUCUGCCAUCCCCGGGCACUGCAUGCAGUUGUUGUCAUUCCCAGCAGAUGAAACAAAAAAGCAGGUGCUGCAUUAUUUAAAUCCAAAUAGCUUAGCUAUCAAGCCAAACAAAUAUACUUUUUUAUCUCAGUCCUGCAACUUUGUGAGUCAAGACAACCAGAUGUAAGCGAACAAAACCCAGAGCAAUGAAAACCCCCACAAAUAUUUUUUUUUAAUGACAUAGAAAACACAGAAAAUAACUAAAUAUGUACAAUAUUUACAGAGCUCUCUGCCUAAGCUACCUCACGCUGCCAUGGCAGCCACGGAAGUACAACAUAGUUAAACAAAGUAUUUGUUAUUAAGCCAAAAGUAGUGAACUAUGGCUGGGUUGACACAGGCAACACAAUUCUGAUCUUUUGCCCAAUUACUGGCAAAAGAGCUGAUCUGAUUGGCCAAUAAAACAAUUUGUGGGAAAAAAAGACCAGAAUUGGGCUGCCUGUGUAAACGCAGCCUAUGUAGAGAGUAGGGUUUGCUCUUUCUUUGGGGUGUAGACCAGGUUACUGUAAAAGCAAUUUGUGGCAACUGCUGAUGUAAAAAAGGCUUUAUAAAUACAUUGAGAUCAACCGAUUGAUUGAUUGAUUGACUGAUUGUGGGUCUCCCCAGAUUUACAUCGAGAAGCAGAAAGGUGAGAUUCUGGGCGUGGUCAUUGUGGAGAGUGGGUGGGGCUCCAUCCUGCCCACAGUCAUCAUCGCCAACAUGAUGCAUGCUGGUCCGUCGGAGAAGUCAGGCCGUCUUAAUAUCGGAGACCAGAUUAUGUCUGUCAACGGGACCAGUCUGGUGGGGCUACCCUUGUCUACCUGCCAGACCAUUAUUAAGGUAACACACACACUCUCUCCUCCCUCUCUUUCUCUCUCUUCAUCCAUUAGUCUGGUGGGCCUGCCCAUGUCUGCCAGAGCAUCAUGAAGGUACUGGAGGACAUGAUAUCUCUCUUUCUGUUCUACCUCUCUUUCCUUUAUUUCAUCUCUGCAUCCUCUUUCUUUCCUCACUAUCUCUGCAUCCUCUUUCUUUCCUCACUAUCUCUUGCUCCUCUUUCUUUCCUCACUAUCUCUGCAUCCUCUUUCUUUCCUCACUAUCUCUGCAUCCUCUUUCUUUCCUCACUAUUUCUGCAUCAUCUUUCUUUCCUCACUAUCUCUGCAUCCUCUUUCUUUCCUCACUAUCUCUGCAUCCUCUUUCUUUCCUCACUAUCUCUGCAUCCUUUUUCUUUCCUCACUAUCUCUGCAUCCUCUUUCUGUCCUCACUAUCUCUGCAUCCUCUUUCUUUCCUCACUAUCUCUGCAUCCUCUUUCUUUCCUCACUAUCUCUGCAUCCUCUUUCGUCCCUCACUAUCUCUGCAUCCUCUUUCUUUCCUCACCAUCUCUGCAUCCUCUUUCUUUCCUCACCAUCUCUGCAUCCUCUUUCUUUCCUCACCAUCUCUGCAUCCUCUUUCUUUCCUCACUAUCUCUGCAUCCUCUUUCGUCCCUCACUAUCUCUGUAUCCUCUUUCGUCCCUCACUUUCUCUGUAUCUUCUCCUCUUACAGUGACGUGUUCUCUUUUAUGUGAGAACAGGAAUGCCAAGGACAGUGCAGUACACACAGCCAACAUCUAUACUUGUCAUCUACCAAUUCUCUUAUUAGACUAGUUUCAUUCCUACUCCACUUCUCUUCUCUCUCAGGGUCUGAAGAACCAGUCUCGUAUCAAGCUGAACAUCGUCAGGUGUCCUCCCGUUACCACGGUGCUCAUCAGACGACCUGACCUCAGAUACCAGCUGGGCUUCAGCGUACAGAACGGCAUUGUGGGUAUCACCAGGGAGACCAUGUGUUGUGUGAUGUCAUGAGCCCCAAACUUACUGGCCGUUUGACUUUGUCCUCUUUGCUUUGAGAUAAUAACCUUCUGUUUGUGCAUGAUAGUUGUGACUCUUGAAGUGAUGGGCUCAUGCUUUUGCUGAAACUGAAUAUAACUGAAUUUAAGCUGAAUAGCUGAAUGUAAUUGUCUUUUUUGGACCUUCCCCUUCACACCCACAGAUCUGCAGCCUUAUGCGAGGGGGCAUCGCUGAGAGGGGAGGGGUCAGGGUCGGCCACCGCAUCAUCGAGAUCAACGGCCAGAGCGUGGUGGCCACGCCCCACGAGAAGAUCGUCCACAUCCUGUCCAACGCUGUGGGAGAGGUGAGGUCAGAGGGCAAAGGUCAUUCUGAGCCUGUAACUGUUAGCUUAGCAAAGCAUUUCAGUUUUGGUGCUAAACCUUCAACCAUUGUUGGGUUAGGUUUAGGGUAGUCUCGUGUAGCCAUACCUCCAAAACAGUGGAGGCUGCUGAGGGGAGGAAGGCUCAUAGUAAUGGUUGGAACGGAGCAAAUUAAAUGGCAUCAAACACAUGGAAACCAUGUGUUUGAUGUUGUUGAUACCUUUCCCCUUAUUUCGCUCCAGCCAUUACCAUGUGCCCGUCCUCCUAAUUAAGGUGCCACCAAUCUCCUGUGCUCCAAAAUGACGUUGUCAGGCUACCUUUGGAGGUCUGGAGAAUUUUGUAUUAGCUGAAAUUGUUCGAAUGGUCCGAAUGUUACAUUUCAAGAACCCUCCCCCCACAUGCCCCUAGAAGGUCUUUGUUAUGUUAGUCAGUGUUUUCCGACCAGGUAUGACACAUUUUGUAGAGCUGGAAAACCUGGAAUAAAAACAGAAUUCUGUUUUGCCAGAAGUGUGCUCUGUACACAAAAUCAAGUCAAUGAAAGCAUUACAACGUCUCUGCUUGAAAACUCUACUAAAAAAAGAGACGUUAUGAGUGGGCACCUUUGGAGCUCCGCCCAAGCAAGGCAUUUCAUUUGUUUGACGUGUUGCUAGGCGUCACUGAUUUUAUACUGUGUUUCCACCCAUUUUGAGCUGUUUUCUACCAUUGACUUCACCAGGCUUUCUGUAUAUGGAAGCCUGGUUCUCGAUGAGGAUAGGGUUAAGGUUGGGGUUAGAGUUGAGGUUAGGGUUAGGGUUGAGACUAGGGUUAGAGUUGAACUGGGAUGGAGACAUGAAGCUAGGGUUAGGGUUGAGCUGGGAUGUGGACAUGAAGCUAGGGUUAGGGUUAAGGCUAGGGUUGUCUAGUUACUGUAUAUCUAUGAUCAGCGUGACUCUCAUUCUUCAGCUUUCUGACUUUCUUCAUCCUACGCUGUCUUCCACAGAUCCACAUGAAGACGAUGCCAGCUGCCAUGUACCGCCUGCUAACUGCCCAGGAGCAACCCGUUUACAUCUAG